AGUUCAGAUGUAAAGGUGUAAGAUGUUUUAUGAAAUUCUAAAAAAAUUAAACAUGCAAGUGCAAUGCAAACACGCUUUUGUACUUUUGUAGAAUAUCGUAAUAAACAUUAAAAAUAUGGAGAAUGUUCAAGAUUUAUUUGAUUGUUUCGAAGAUAGUGCUGAAGACGAAACAAUUGAAGAUGAACUUCCAAAAGGCGUCUUAUCUGAACCUAAAAAGGCAAAAAAUCCAAGCAUUAAGCGACCGCACGAGCAAGUUGAGUACGCAGAUACUGCAGAGACAAAACGACCAAAACACGAUGAAGAAGAAGACGAGGCAGAUCUCCUUGCUGACUUAGACUUAGAUGUUUUAAAAUCUCGUAUUGUUAUACAUACCUUGGAAACAAGUGAUGGAUGUACACAUGAAGUGGCUGUGCCCCCAGGCCAAGAGUAUGUCCCACUGGCGCCAAUUUCAGCAGAACCUGCUAAACAGUACAGUUUUAUACUUGAUCCCUUUCAAAAAGAAGCUUUAUUGUGCAUAGACAACUUGCAAUCUGUUUUAGUAUCGGCACACACUUCUGCGGGGAAAACUGUUGUGGCUGAAUAUGCAAUAGCUCUUUCAUUGAAGAGUAAACAAAGGGUGAUCUAUACAACUCCAAUCAAGGCAUUGUCAAAUCAAAAAUACAGGGAGUUUUCCGAAGAGUUUCAGGAUGUGGGGUUAAUCACUGGUGAUGUUACAAUCAAUUCAUCUGCUUCAUGUCUCAUUAUGACCACAGAGAUUUUAAGAAACAUGCUGUAUAGAGGAUCCGAAAUUAUGAGAGAAGUUGGAUGGGUUGUGUUUGAUGAAAUUCAUUACAUGAGAGAUAAGGAAAGGGGGGUAGUAUGGGAAGAGACAUUGAUCCUCUUGCCAGAUAAUGUUCAUUACGUGUUCCUGUCUGCCACUAUCCCCAACGCGCGUCAGUUUGCGGAGUGGGUGUGCAGGUUGCACUCGCAGCCCUGCCAUGUGGUGUACACCGAGUACAGACCUACACCGCUACAGCAUUACAUAUUCCCUGCUGGCGGUGAUGGUAUACAUCUGGUUGUUGAUGAGAAGGGUCAGUUCAAAGAAGAUAACUUCAACACCGCGAUGGCGGUACUCAGUAACGCGGGUGAGGCUGGCAAGGGCGAGCAGCGCGGCCGGCGCGGCGGCCUCGUGCGCGCCAACAACAAGUCCAACAUAUUCAAUAUUGUCAAAAUGGUCAUGGAAAGAAACUUCGCACCUGUCAUCAUAUUUAGUUUCAGCAAGAAAGAUUGUGAAGCAUAUGCAAUGUUGAUGGCAAAAUUGGACUUUAAUACCAUUGAAGAGAAGAAGUUGGUGGACGAGGUGUUCAGCAACGCGAUGGACAUCCUGUCGGAGGAGGACCGCAAGCUGCCGCAGGUGGAACACGUGGUGCCGCUGCUGCGCCGUGGCAUCGGCAUCCACCACGGCGGCCUGCUGCCCAUACUCAAGGAGACCAUCGAGAUACUCUUCAGCUUGGGACUCAUUAAGGCACUAUUCGCUACGGAAACAUUUGCGAUGGGUCUCAACAUGCCGGCCAGGACUGUGGUGUUCACUAAUUGCCAGAAGUACGACGGAAAGGAUUUCAGAUUUAUAACUUCAGGAGAAUAUAUUCAGAUGUCAGGUCGCGCGGGACGGCGAGGGUUGGAUGACAAGGGUAUCGUUAUCCUCAUGAUAGACCAGAAGAUCACGCCAGCGGUCGUUAAAACUACCGUACAAGGGAAAGCAGACCCUAUUAACUCCGCCUUCCAUCUCACUUAUAAUAUGGUACUUAAUUUAUUGCGAGUGGAAGAAAUAAAUCCCGAAUAUAUGUUAGAGAGGAGUUUCUUCCAGUUUCAAAAUCAAGCAUCUAUACCAGAUCUCAUAGACAAGGUGAAAGAAAAACAGAAGCAGUAUGACAAGUUAUCUUUAGAGCAGGAAAAAAGUAUAGCAGAGUACUGCGGGACACGAGCACAGCUGGACCUGCUCGGUGCCAAGUUCCGAGGGUUCAUUACACGGCCGGAGUAUCUCAAGCCAUUCUUACAGCCCGGCAGACUAGUUAAGGUGAAAACAGAGAAACACGAAUAUGACUGGGGUAUAAUAGUGAAUUUCAAACAUAAUACAUCUAGAGGCAAAAAACAGAAGGAGGAGAACCCUCUUACAGCGGAGCAGGUUAUUAUUGUAGACAUACUGCUGCAUGUCAAGAAAUGGGACCCUUCUGAUCUGGAUACCAAGUUCCCAUGUCCUCCGGGAGAGGCAGGUGAAGUAGAGGUGGUUCCGGUAUUACAUACAUUAAUAAAUCAAAUAAGUUCCCUGCGAGUGUACUACCCCAAAGACUUGCGGCCGCCGGACAACCGCAAGUCAGUGCUGAAGACUAUUGGAGAGGUCAAAAAACGCUUCCCCGAGGGACCUCCGCUACUUAAUCCUAUCAAAGAUAUGAAAAUUGAUGACCCAGUGUUCAAGAAAUGUGUGGAAAAUAUCAAGAUAUUGGAAGAAAAACUUUACGAACAUCCAUUACACAAAGACGAGAAUAGAGCCUCGUUAAUAUCUGCAUAUGAAAAGAAGCAGGAGUAUUUAGAGGAAUUGACCUCAGCGAGGGCGGAGCUGAAGAAAGCCAAGAGCAUCCUGCACAUGGAUGAGCUGAAGAAGAGGAAACGUGUCCUGCGACGGCUGGGGUACUGCACCACCUCCGAUGUGAUACAUUUGAAAGGUCGAAUAGCCUGUGAAUUAAGUAGUGCGGACGAGCUGCUGCUGACGGAGCUGAUCUUCAACGGGGUGUUCAACUCGCUGUCGCCGGAGCAGAGCGCGGCGCUGGUCUCUUGCUUCGUGUGCGACGAGAACGCCUCCCAGGAGUCCAAUACUGGCGAGGAGCUGCGCGGCGUGCUGCGCCAGCUGCAGGAGUUCGCGCGGCGCAUAGCCAAGGUGUCUAUCGAGUGCAACAUGCAGCUGGACGAGGACGAGUACGUGGCCAAGUUCAAGUGCACUCUCAUGGACAUCGUGCUGGCCUGGUGCAAGGGAGCCACCUUCCUCGACGUCUGCAAGAUGACUGAUGUCUUCGAAGGGUCAAUAAUAAGAUGCAUCCGUCGCUUGGAGGAAGUAUUACGUCAGUUAUGUCAGGCCGCUAAAAGCAUCGGCAACUCGGACCUCGAGGAGAAAUUCUCCUCAGCGAUCACAAUGCUCAAGAGAGACAUCAUUUUCGCCGCCAGUUUGUACAUGUAAAUGUACUAUGAAUUAAGACAUAAAUUAAGUGAUUUAAUAAAUAAUUUACAAUAUUU